ACUUGAGGUGCAAUCUCUUUAAACAAGAAGAGGAGACGAAAAAGAAACUUAAACGGCGGCGAUUAUAACAAUGAUGUCACACCGUUUACCACCACAACAAAUAUGGAGGAGUAUGCUCGUGAACCCUGCCCAUGGAGGAUAGUGGAUGACUGUGGAGGCGCAUUUACUAUGGGUGCCAUUGGCGGGGGGGUGUUUCAAGCUGUCAAGGGCUUUCGAAAUGCCCCAGCGGGAGUUGCACACAGACUGAAAGGUAGUGGAAAUGCAGUGAAGUUGAGAGCUCCACAGAUUGGCGGUAGCUUUGCGGUGUGGGGAGGCCUCUUCUCCACCAUUGACUGCGGUUUAGUUCGCUUGAGAGGAAAAGAGGAUCCGUGGAACUCCAUAACAAGCGGCGCUCUGACGGGGGCCAUACUGGCUGCACGCAGUGGGCCAUUAACCAUGAUGGGAUCCGCCAUGAUGGGGGGAGUUCUGCUUGCUCUAAUUGAAGGUUUCGGAAUCCUGCUAACUAGAUACACAGCACAGCAGUUUCAGAACCCAAUUCCAUUCGCAGAGGAUCCCAGUCAGUUGCCUCCAAAGCUUGAAGAGCGCGACAUGGCACCAAAAGCUGACUUUCAGUAGAGCCGCAGAGGGAUGCUGUCGACACACUUGUCACUCAGUUCAUUCAGCCUGGCUCCAUUGGGAACUUUGCAGCAGGUACAAAGUUGCUGGUGGGAUGCAGAGUGUUACUCCUACUGCUGUGAAAGUCGACUUACCUCAGCUGACGCUGAAUUAUUACUUGGAAGGAUGUAAAUACCUUUUUGUGAAUAGGGACUGUAGAUAUUUUCACAAAUACUGUAGAGUGGUGUCUUGAGAUACAUAUUUAAUUUGUUUUGGAACUGAACUCGUAUCUCAAAUCCAAAGUCGUCUUUCGUUAUGUGUGGAUAGAGAGAGAGAAAAAGACAGAAAAGCAGAAUAAAAAAUAAAGAAUGUGAAAAUAAUCAACAAUAUCGGGAAAAGUGCAAUUUUUUCUUAUCUAAUUGUCUUUGCACAUUAUAAAUGCACUUCAUACAAUAUAAUCUUUAUGUCUACAGAGCGUUCACAAUAUCUGCAGCUGUAACAAGGCGCUUGACAGAACAUUUAACAUAAAAUGACAAAGUCCACAUCACCUGUAAACCCGGAAAAAGCGAGCCCUAAACCUGCCCGAGGUAUUGUCCCACCUACUGAUAGUGACUUUCCACUGCAAGAAACCCCACGUGAACGUGGUGAGGGGUUUUGGCGCCCUUUAGCGGUGGGGCUUUGAAGCACAUUUUGGCUUGAAAUUUGCUCAAAUCUCAUGACAAAUGAAUCGGCCAAGCGAUGACAAAAUUCACAAGUCAAAGCACCUCGUUUCUCAAGGCACCACUGUAUGUGUAGUGUUUACAUUUUUACCUCAGCUGUAAAUGAAUUGUAGCAUGGGAAGAUGCACUUUUUUGACAAGAGAGAGAGCUGGUGUUUACAGAAAUAUGCAGCAUUGACAUUUAUUAAAUAUACCGCAUGAGAUCAUUGUCAAGAAAUUGGUGCAGUAGCUGAAAGUCUUUUCAACAUGGUGGACAAUAUUUUUAUUGAAGAAUGCCAUUGUCACCUAAUAUCCUUCUCAAACUACACAGCUAUUUUGUCAUGCACCCCGUUGGCGCUGUCAGAUUACCAGAUAAAUAUCGAUCUGUGUCUUGGCCUGGGCAAGAUGUCACACUACAAGUCUGACUCGACCGUGCCCAAUCAUCGCUUGCUUCCGUCAAUUCAGUCUAUCGGCGCAGGUCCGUCAGGGAGGGUGGACAAAGAGCUGUAGUCAUGUUGACAAAGGCAUUAUGUGCAUGUGCUUUGUUUCUAUAUUCAGAAUAGGCUAAAAAAACAACAACAACCGUAUCGACCAGUUCCUAGGUGGUGCGAAUAGAGUGGUAUCGACUGUCUAUUCUCCAAAUGACAUUUGCUUAUCAGUUACAGUACUAGCUUUGUAGUUUGCAAGAUGGCAUGAGUUGAAAUGCUACAAAUACUUUCCAGUAUUAGCCCUUUUGUUAAAGGCACUUUUUAAAAACUGCACACCACAAUGUGAUUGUGUGUUCCACGUGCAAUCUCUCGUCAUAAGUAGGAGGGCGCCGUCUUUGUUUUGGUCAGUGCCGAAGAACCGAUCGAAGGACAACUUAGGACAUGUGACACUAUGCGGCAAGACAAACUAAAAUUCCGACAUGCCAGAAUUUCGUCAUCAUGGUUGUGAAGCGACCCAGACACUAAGCAACCAUCCAAGAGUAUCUGACACGACACAGGAAACGAUGACGCGUUGAGGCAACUCCAAAUCGGCUUGGAGAUACGACGUGGGUCUGCGACAUGUCUGUUGGCUCAAAAUCGGCCUACAUUCUUGUAGUCUGACGUUGGCAAAAAGAAACGAGAUGAAGUCGUAAAUUAACUUUUUUUUUAAAGAUUUACAGUCUUCUAAUGUUUUCAGCAAUGUUAUUGAUAACACAAUGUCAUUUUUACUAAAUAUAUUAAUCACAGAUGCAAGUAAACCUUUUUAGACUGAUUUUUUGCACUAACUCAGAAUCUGCCCUGAUUUUCUCUCGAGCACAUCGGAUUUUCAUGACGAAAGUGAUAUGAUAGCAAUAAUAUGUAUUUUUGUGAAAUGCUUAGUGAUAUUUAUUAAUUAUACCAAGUGAAAUGUUCAGCAAUAGCUGCAACAUAAAUUACAACACACGGUAGAAUCCAAAUGCAAACUCCUCACAAGGCUGUUGUCAUUCAAACUACAGAAUGAAAUACUUGCCGUGGCUCAAUAAAACGUGUGAUGACUGACUAUCAGGGGCAUUUGUGUUCUGCUAAAAUAGAUCACAAUUUAACAGGAUUUUGUUCUGCUGUAUAGAAUGUAUUUAUUUUCUUACAAAACAGUAUUUUCAAGUGGCUCAAAUGAAUAAAGACACAAAAUGUUCAAUUAAGAAA